AUGAGGUGCACGUUUCUCCCCGUUUUCGGCGGUGUCGGUCAAGCACCCGUUGCCUACGUUGGCCCGUCACACAACCUUAGGCCCCGUGCGCGAAAACACCUCACGAGAUCACAGAAGCAAGCAGUGCUACAGACACAACGAUCGCGUUGUAACUCGUGUGGCGACCUGAUUCACCUGCAACCUUAUGCCAACUGUGAUGCAGAUCACGUCAUCGGCGUGUGCCGAGGGGGCGAAACGGUUGAGGAGAAUACGCAGAUGCUCUGUGUUCGCUGUCAUCGACAAAAAACUUGCCUCGAGGCGGGAGGGUCGCCAAGGACCGUCGAGGUGGCGUUGGAACCCGGUGAUAGCAAUGUGUACAUUUUUACGGGGGGCACGAUGGACUUGCCGUGCGACAAAAGGACGCCACUCGAGGCCAUCGGGGACGGGUGUGCGCUGUCUAUCAUCACAUACAAGCGCGUCAACAGAAAAGUGGUCAAAGUGGUGGACGAAGGGGUGGAUUAUGCGAAAAUGUUGCAACGAUUUGUGUAUAAUCCGGUGAAGAUUUGA